AUGAUGGCGGCGCUGGGUGCAGCAGAAGUCAUCACACAGCUGGAAAGCGCUGCCAAAGUUUUAAUGGCACCACCGUCAAUGGUGAGCACAGAACAGCGCCAACAAGCCGAGCAUGUCUUCCUCUCCUUCAGAAAGUCCAAGUCACCCUUUGCCAUUUGUAAACACAUCUUAGAGAGCAGCAAGGUGGAUUACGUGCUGUUCGAGGCAGCCACCGCUAUCAUGGAGGCGGUGGUGCGGGAGUGGAUCCUGCUUGAGAAAGCUGCCAUCGAGUCCCUGCGAGCUUUUCUGCUCACAUACGUGCUGCACAGACCAAACUUGCAGAAGUACGUGCGUGAACAGAUGUUGCUGGCGGUGGCAGUCAUCGUCAAGCGUGGCACCCUAGACAAAACUGUCAGCUGCAAAAGUAUCUUCCUGGAAGUGGGCCAGCUCAUCAGCAGCGGGAACCCUAAUGUGCAAACCCUAGCGUGUUCCAUUCUGACCGCCUUGCUCAGUGAGUUCUCCAGCUCCAGCAAGACCAGCAGCAUCGGGCUCAGCAUGGAGUUCCACGGAAGCUGCAAAAGACUCUUCCAGGAGGAGGGCCUGCGUCAGAUUUUUGCCCUGACAAUGGAGGUUCUGCAGGAGUUCAGCCAGCGGGAGAACAUCAGCGCUCAGAUGUCGUGCGUCUUCCAACGGUACCUGGCCUUGGCCAAUCAGGUGCUCAGCUGGAACUUCCUUCCGCCCAAUUUGGGGCGGCACUACAUCGCCAUGUUCGAGGCAGCGCAGAACGUCAUGCUCAAGCCCACCGAGACCUGGAGGGAGGCGCUGCUGGACACCAGGGUCAUGGAUCUCUUCUUCACCGUCCACAGAAAGAUCCGCGAGGAUUCCGACAUGGCCCAGGACUCGUUGCAGUGUCUGGCUCAGCUGGCAUCCAUGCAUGGGCCCAUCUUCCCUGACGAAAGCGCCCAAAUCUCCUAUUUGGCCCACCUGGUUGAGGGCUUGCUCAGCAUGAUCAAUGGUAUUGAAAUUGAGGACUCUGAGGCAGUGGGCAUCUCCAACAUCAUCUUCAACCUGAUCACCAUGUUCCCCAAGAGCGUGCUGACGGCGCUGCCUAGUGAACUCUUCACCUCCUUCAUCAACUGCCUCACAAUGCUCACCUGCUCCUUUGGUCGCAGCGCUGCACUGGAGGAGGUGUUGGACAAGGACGACAUGGUGUACAUGGAAGCCUACGACCGGCUGCUGGAGUCGUGGCUGAAGCUGGUGCAGGACGAAGAGCAUUUCCCUCGUGGCUGCUUCGUCCAGCCCGCCGUGCAGGUUUUCAACGCCUACAUCCAGUGUCACCUUGCUGCGCCAGACGGCACCCGUAACUUGUCGGGGAACGGCCUGUCCACUCAUGACGAGGACGAGAUUAACGAGCUGCAAGAAGAUGACAGAGAGCUGUUCUCAGACCAGCUGUCCAGCAUUGGGACGCUAGGCCGUGUGGCUUCAGACCACUGCAUCCCCCUUCUCACCAGCCUCCUGGAGGAGCGUGUGACUCGGCUGCACGGUCAGCUGCAGAGGACACAACAGCACCUGAUGUCCUUGUCAGACCCGACGUCCGUCGAUCACAAAGUUCUUGACGAUCUCUACGAAGACAUCCACUGGCUCAUCCUGGUCUCGGGUUACCUCCUGGCGGACGACCCACAAGGGGAGACGCCAAUGAUCCCUCCCGAAGUGAUGGAGUUUUCUGUCAAGCGCUCGACUGAGGUGGACAUGAACACCACUUUGCAAAUCUUGGGCUCGCCGGGCGAGAGGGCCUCGUCCAUCCCGGGCUGCGACCGCACCGACUCGGUCAUCAGGUUGCUGUCAGCCGUGUUGAGGACGUCCGAGGUGGAGUCGAGGGCUAGCAGGGCCAGUUUAACACAGCUGUUGAGUCCUCAGAUGGGCAAAGACGUGGUUUGGUUCCUGAGACGCUGGGCUAGAACCUACCUGCUCAUGGACGAGAAGCUUUACCAGCAGGUAAGCGUCCCGUUCAGCACGGCGUUCGGCUCCGACACAGAGGGCGCCCAGUGGAUCGUGGGCUACCUGCUGGAGAAAGUCAUCACCAAUCUUUCAGUAUGGAGCUCCGAAACGGAGCUGGCCAAUGACACGGUGGAGCUGCUGGUGACGCUGGUGGAGCACCGGCAGAGAGCCAACAUGGUGGUGCAGUGCGAGAGCUGGUGGAACCUGGCCAAGCAGUUCGCAGGACGCACCCCACCGCUGCACUUGCUGUCCAGCUCGGUGCAGAGGACCCUCAUGAAGGCUCUUGUGCUGGGGGGCUUCGCGCAAAUGGAUGCUGACACCAAGCAACAGUACUGGGCUGAGGUGCUGCACCCUCUGCAGCAGCGCUUCCUCAACCUCAUCAACCAGGAGAACUUUGCUCAGAUGAGCCAGGAGGAGGCGGUCAAGCAGGAGAUCGUGGCCACACUGGAGGCACUUUGCGGCAUCGCCGAGGCUACCCAGAUCGACAACGUGGCCUCGCUCUUCUCCUUCCUCAUGGACUUUUUGACCAGCUGCAUCGGACUCAUGGAGGUGUACAGUAACACGCCAGAGACCAUCAACCUCAUCAUUGAAGUCUUCGUGGAAGUGGCCCAUAAGCAGAUCUGCUACCUGGGAGAGAACAAGUCCAUGAAGCUGUACGAGGCGUGCCUGACGCUGCUGCAGGUUUACUCCAAGAACAACCAGAGCAGAAAGCGCAGCGACGCCGCGGCUGAGGAAGACCAAUACCAGGACCUGCUGCUCAUCAUGGAGCUGCUCAUCAACCUGCUGUCCAAAGAGUUCAUCGACUUCAGUGACACAGACGAUGUUUUCCGCAGCCAAGAGCAAGGCACGCCGACGUCCACUCGGCCGGUGUCGGCCGCCGACGUGGUCCUGUACGGCAUCAACAUCGUCCUUCCACUUAUGUCUCAGGAUCUUCUUAAGUUCCCGUCUUUGUGCAACCAGUACUACAAACUCAUCACGUUCAUCUGCGAGAUCUUCCCCGAGAAGAUUCCGCAGUUGCCCGAGGAGCUUUUCAAGAGCCUUAUGUUCUCGCUGGAGCUCGGCAUGACUUCUAUGGGUUCGGAGGUCAGUCAGCUGUGUUUGGAAGCUCUGUCACCAUUGGCCGAGCAGUGUGCCAAAAACCAGGAGAAGGACACGCCCCUUUUCUUGGCUACGCGACACUUCCUGAAGCUGGUGUUCGACAUGUUGGUGCUGCAGAAACACAACACUGAGAUCACAGUGGCGGCGGGAGAAGCGCUUUACACGCUCGUCUGUUUACAUCAGGCGGAGUACUCGGAUUUAGUGGAAUCACUGCUGUCGUCGCAGCGCGACGCGGUCAUCUACGGGCGUCUGGUGGCCGCCUUCAACACGCUGACAGCCAGUAGCACGCCACCCGCCAUGGAGCGCAAGCAAAAGAUGGCUUUCCUCAAGAGCCUGGACGACUUUGUGGCCAACGUGGGCGGCCUGCUCUGCGUCAAGUAA